AUGAUUGAGUAACAACAGAAAACACUCUUUUACAGUUUGUCUAUGCUCUUUCAAGGCGGCGCUUCUUAGACUUAGCUUUAUUUUCUUUCACCCUUCUCUUUUUCGAUACAAAUGAUUCCUGUGCAAAUGGAUACAUCCUUCUGUGUUUUUCUUUCUCAGCCUCCACCCUCAGCAAAGUCUGGCUAAUGUUAGUUUGCAAUUCUGCAAUCACUCCCAAAUAUUUUUCAUUGAAUUGGUGCCCACACUCUUGCCCAGAUAUAAUUUUCUCAGACUUACUAAACCGCUGGGCAUCCUCUUUCUGGAUAAUACUCUUUAGGUUUUCAGAUUUCUCUUUCAGUUCUUGCAGUCUUUUAAUCUUGUAAUUAAUUGUUUGACGGUCAGUUGGCUUUAAGGGUUCCUCUUUGGUUGUAGCAAUAUUGAAGUCAAAUUUAGAGACGCAGAGGUUGCACGAAUUCUUAAUUUUGAUUGCUUAAACCGAAUUCACAGGGCUCGCGAUGACAGUGGGCAGAACGAAGCUGAGCGAUCCAAUGCCUGCAUUGGCGAAGCUAUUGUUGACGGAGAAGCUUUAAAAUGGAAGUACUAUGAAGCACUGGAUGAGCUGGAGAACGAUGAGAUUAAACAACUCUCCAUUGAUGACAUAAACAAACUUGAAGAAAAUGCAAUGGAACGGAAUGCCUGGCGUGUUGCGAAAGAUGUGACUGAACGAAUACAAGGUGAGCCAGGUCCAGGUGGAGACUUUAUUCAAGCCUUCGUCACACCUCGAAAGGAAGACCAGUUCUUUUUCAAUACCGAGCAGUUCAAGCAGUUUGUAUCAACAGCAGAAUCUAAACAAAAAGGUGUACCAGGCUAUGCAUACUUUAAGAAAAUCGAUGCCUUCAUUGAACAGCACGUCCAGGUUGGAGAACUAUAUCUAGAAUAUAUGAAAGGCGAUUGCCAACAAAAUAGCGGAGUCUUGUAUGAGUUCUGCACUAAAUUUCUCCCUUCCAAAGAUUCAUUGCACCAUGUACCACGUCCAAUGCCUGACGAAACGAAUCUACCGGAUCUGAAAUAUUUACCAUUUGACCAAACUCCAAGCACUUCACCAGAAGGACGCCCAAGAGAGAUCGAUGAUUACCAACCAAGGGCUCAGAUUAAAAGGCAUGUCGAAGAAGGAAAGCUAGCACUGGAUGACAGUGAGUCGAUUGUUGAGUUUUCAAAAACAUUUGCUGUUCCGGAAACGUACGUGCGAAAGUACCUUGAGCACCUUCAAUACCUUGCAGUGAAGAAAUCAAAACGAAAAGAUGAAAGAAAACGACAGAGAGAAACCUAG